UUCAGACCCAGUUCUCCGUGACAGAGCUCUGCAGACGGCUGUUGUUCCUCAGGAGGUCCAAAGAAGUUCUGAAAAUGUCUAUUCCGACCCACCGUCAGUGCAAAGUGGAGAUUCAGAACAAAACCUCCAGCUUUACGCUGCGUGAGCCGCUAGUCCAUCUCUUCAGCGGGAACUGUGAGUCUCCUCUGCCUCCAACUCUCCGUCCAACUGAAACCGGCACCGCGCUUUUCGUCAAGACGCCCCACACGGCAUGUGGCUCCGUGGCCGUCUUCACCUACGACAUCCUGCAGGAGUCCAACAGGCAGGACCGCGGCCGGCUGGCCGUCAUGUUCUCCGUCCCGUACGACUUCAACAUCUACUCCAACUGGUACGCGGUGGGGGCGUUCAGCAAGGACAAGCUGUGCGACGAGGAUCUCUACAGGGAGAUGUACUACGCCUCGCAGCGUGGCUUCGUCCGAGGAAAAGCCAAAGGGCCCAGUCUGACCCACAAAGCGGGCCACGUGACCAUCAGGGCCAGCAUGUCUGACAGCUACCAGCCGGUCCUGAAGGUGGAGCUCUCUGACUACUGAGACCUGUGGCUCCUCCUGGUCCAGUUCAUCCUGGAUCAGCUGGUUCCACUCAACCCAUUUAUCUUUAUCCAGCAAAAGCUUCUAUUAUAAUGUAACCAUCUGCAUCUGCACUCAUACCAGUUAUCCUGCUUUCCCUCAGUUUAAAGAGUAUUAUCCAGCUAAAGCAUGUGCUUUUCCAUCUUCAGCUUGUCCAGUUGAAAAAAGUUAACUUAGCAUGAAUUUAAUCUGGAUUUGGUUCCAUCAUCCCAGUUAAACAAGUCAAACUAAUAGAUCACUGACCCCAGAUCUCAUGGUGCUCUCGGUAGUAGUUGGUUCAGUUUUCUACAAUUUACUUUUCAAUGAUCUGUUAUCUCUAAAAUCUGGAAACUGAAAAUUAUUCUUUAAAACACCAUGGAAGCCAAAUGACUAACUAAUAUGCAUUUAAAAUAUUGGACAAAGUUGGAAUAGUUGAUCUUCCUGCUGACCUGGAUAGGAGAACACGUGACGGUGGAACAGAGUGGCAUCUGACAGUUCAUAGAAACCAGCUACUGAGGUUUUUGGGUGAAUUGGACAGUUACUGUCUCCAAAUCCCAUGUGUUACAUUGUGUUUAUACUGACCAUCAAACUGCACAAAUGGUGAUUACCUAAAUUAAUUUGCUUAAUGGGAACAUGUCAAUCUUGAAAGAAAACGCACAUUUUUCAAUAAAAUGUUUUUGCACUAUAA